UUGGGGUGAAUAAUAAGUGUUUCCCUUAGGGGACGAGAAGAGAAGACGGCAGCGCAGCAUAUUAUUUUGCGUUCAGUAAACUGUGCGCGAGGUAUGUAGCCGAGCAUCUGCGCAAGGAGCACGGCGCACCUGAGUUUAAUAUAAUAUUUAUAGUCCGCUAUUUAUAAAGAAAAAUAUAUAUAUUUUAGACUACAGGAAAAAUGAAAAUAACACGUGUAAAAAGCCUAUUUCAACUGGAAACAGAGAAUAAAAGAACAACUUAGGCCUUUUCUUAUUUUAAUUCAGUGGCACUUGGGCCUAUUUUGUCUAGCCUUUACAUUGGAUUAUGGUGCUGAUAUUUUCGCAAACCAUUGCGUAGAGCGGGAAUGAGUCGAAUCCUUCCCCGCCCAAAUUAUGGUUGAUUUGGGAAGUAUUUGCGCCUAGACCGUGCUGUAGCGCAACCGACAGCCAGUAGUGGCCAGCAGCAAACAGCAGCAGCUACAGCGGUGGAUGUAGGAUCAGAGUCGGGGCGAAUCUAGGAUUCACUGUCAGAGGGGAAGAAGAGCAGAGGACUCUCUCAACGUUCUGAAUCAUGGCUACUGAAACCGUGUCCCCGGCGUGCACUGGAUCCAGUUUGCUGCAACCCAUAAGCGAAAUCAUCAAUCUUCCUCUCGACCAGGUCAACUUUGUGGUGUGCCAGUUGUUUGCCCUGUUGACUGCCUUCUGGUUCCGUUUGUAUCUCCACCCCAGUAAGACCAGUCCCUUCGUCAGACAUGUGGUGGCCACACUACUGGGAUUCUACUUUGCUCUCUUCUGCUUCGGCUGGUAUGCUCUCCACUUCCUGGUUCAGAGUGGGCUCACCUAUGGCAUCAUGAUCCUCACUGGAGUAGAACACAUGCACAAGUACUGUCUGGUGGUGGCCCUGGGCUAUCUCAGCUUCUGUCAGAUCACACGCGUGUACGUCUUCGACUAUGGCAUGUACUCUGCUGACUUCACAGGGCCUAUGAUGGUGAUAACACAGAAGAUCACCAGUUUGGCGUUUGAAAUACAUGAUGGAAUGUGCCGGAAAGAGGAACAGCUGACCCCAAAUCAGAAGGUCCUGGCUAUAAGGAGGAUGCCCAGUCUGCUGGAGUACUUCAGCUAUAACUGUAACUUUAUGGGAAUACUGGCUGGCCCCACCUCCUCCUACAACGAUUACAUCGCCUUCAUCGAGGGCACGCCCUGCCGUCGCAGUAAAGACCACCAGACCAAUGGGAAGACCAACGGCAGACACAAACAGACUGACCCCUCCCCAAACAUUGAAGUGGUCCGUAAACUGGCCACCUGUUUCUUCUCCCUCAUGGUUUUCCUCUCGGUCUGUAAAGUGUUCCCUGUGGAACGGAACAUCGACGACGACUUCAUCGCCACCACGCCCUUCUACGCCCAGGUGGUCUACCUCUACCUGUCCAUGCUGACCACCAGGCCCAAGUACUACUUCGUCUGGACGCUGGCUGAUGCCAUCAACAAUGCAGCAGGAUUUGGAUUCAAUGGAUACAACAGUGACGGCUCACCACGUUGGGAUCUCAUCUCCAAUCUGAGGAUAAUGGAUAUUGAGUUUGCCACCAGCUUCAAGAUGUUCCUUGACAAUUGGAAUAUACAGACGGCACAUUGGCUCAAAAGGGUGUGUUACGAGCGCUGUCCCUACAACCCCACAGCGGCUACCUUCAUUCUGUCAGCCAUGUGGCACGGAGCCUACCCUGGAUACUACCUCACCUUCCUCACUGGCAUCGUGGUCACACUGGCUGCACGUGCCAUGAGACACAACGUGAGGCCGUACUUCCUGGGCUCGCCUUCACACAAGCUACUGUAUGAUGGGAUCACGUGGGCUGGCACCCAGAUUGCCAUUUGUUACACUGUGGUGCCUUUUGUGCUGCUGUCUGUCGGGCCCUCUAUGAAGUUCUACAGGUCCUGGUACUUCAGUGUCCACAUCGGCUGUGUUCUCCUGGCGGUAGCACUGCCAGUCAAGCCCCGACACCUGCGCCUGAAGGAGGCUCCCGUCUUCUCCCACCAGGACUCCACCUCCACAGAUGGCCACUGCAACCAGAAGACCAAAGCCACAUGAAGCAGAUUCAGAGACCAGCAAAGGUGCACACACACAGAGACUAGCACCAAGGACUGCAGGGACUGUCCAACACAUUAUUAGAGAGAGACUGUCCAACACAUUAUUAGAGAGAGAGACUGUCCAACACAUUAUUAGAGAGAGAGACUGUCCAAGCUGUGUUUUGGAGUCGGACGACGAUUCUCAUUUGUUCACGUGAGAAGGGAUGGAUGGACUGAAAGCUUUGGGAUUUACCUAUUUAGUGCACUACUUUUGACCAGAGCCCUAUGGGUCCUGGUCAAAAGUAGUGCACUAGAAAGUGAAUAGGGUGCCAAUAAAAUUUGAUUUGGAACGCAGCCCCUACUUUAUUAUGAGGACUAUUGGCUGUGGCUCAGCGGGAUGGAUGGGUCCCGAAUCGAUGAUGAAAUGCCAGUGUUGUACUGUUACUGUAUUAUGGGAGUAUGCAAACUUGCCUUAUAACCUUUGUCUCUUUUUCCACCCAGUUUUUUUUUUAGCUUUUGUGUAUACUCCUCAAAUUGGGUAUUCUUGUGUGUGCGGGGUUUCUUACUCAAGGUGAACAGGUUUUAGGAUCAGGUGAGAGAGAGUGGAGUGGUUUAAGUUAAUGGUGUUAUUGUCCAGGUAAAAAGCAAAGAUACAGGAAAUUAGGACACAAGAACUAAAAGAGAAGGAAAACAAGAUAGUGUCCUUGGUCUUUUCACAAAAUAUGUAGGGUGUCCAACCACUCUGCCCAGAAGUGGGUGAAAAUAUGUAGGGUGUCCAACCACUCUGCCCAGAAGUGGGUGAAAAUAUGUAGGGUGUCCAACCACUCUGCCCAGAGGUGGGUGAAAAUAUGUAGGGUGUCCAACCACUCUGCCCAGAGGUGGGUGAAAAUAUGUAGGGUGUCCAACCACUCUGCCCAGAAGUGGGUGAAAAUAUGUAGGGUGUCCAACCACUCUGCCCAGAGGUGGGUGAAAAUAUGUAGGGUGUCCAACCACUCUGCCCAGAAGUGGGUGAAAAUAUGUAGGGUGUCCAACCACUCUGCCCAGAGGUGGGUGAAAAUAUGUAGGGUGUCCAACCACUCUGCCCAGAGGUGGGUGAAAAUAUGUAGGGUGUCCAACCACUCUGCCCAGAAGUGGGUGAAAAUAUGUAGGGUGUCCAACCACUCUGCCCAGAGGUGGGUG